UCCCCCUUAGCCCUUUCUCCCUCCCCUUUCCCUUCACUUCCCUCCCACAUUUCUCUCUCACUCUAAAGAGCUCCCUGUCUCUGCGCUCCCCUUCAUUUCCCGCUUCAACAUGUUGGCAGGAGGAGAAAGAGGAGGAUGCUGCGCUCUACCCUCGGUGCGUUCUUGCCACCCCUCCGGCCAGCGCACGCUGCCUCCGACUCAGCCUCAGCUUUCAGUUGUCUCCGCCUGAAGGACUUCAGAGAGGAGGUGGAGGAGGAACCGAAGGAUUCACUGGAGAUCAGGAGCUCUCACACCAGGGUCCCCAUUAGGAACAAGACCAGUAGGAGAGUGGAAAAGAGCAAGUGCUCCUCAUCUGUGGUGGAAACUACUAAUACCUCAACAGUGACCACCUCCUCUCCCUCCUCUUCCUCCUUCUCGGCUCCAAGAUCCAUGUGGCAAGAGGCAAUAAGACGAAAGCGGUAUCUCCUGGACCGGGCAGGGGAGUCUGGUGAAGGGGAUAAAGGAGGAGGAGGUCAAGAGAAGAGGAACAGGUCCCCGGAUUGGCUGUAUGAGUCGUACUACUGUAUGAGCCAGCAGCAUCCUCUGAUUGUGUUCCUGCUGCUUAUUGUGAUGGGAGCCUGCCUGGCUCUGCUGACUGUGUUCUUUGCUUCAGGACUGAACAUUGAGGACCAUGUGGCCUUUGUAAUCACUGUGCCCACAGCGCUGGCUAUCUUCCUGGCUGUGUUUGUACUCGUCUGCAUCGAGUCAGUCUUCAAGAAGCUUCUACGUGUUUUCUCCCUGGUCAUCUGGGCCUGCUUGGUUGCCAUGGGAUACCUUUUUAUGUUUUCUGGCGGGAUCAUCUGUCCGUGGGAUCAGGUGUCAUUCUUCCUGUUCAUUGUGUUUGUGGUUUACACCAUGCUGCCGUUCUCUAUGCGGGAUGCCAUCAUCGCCAGUGUCCUGACCUCUGCAUCUCACACCAUUGUGUUGAGUGUCUGCCUGUCCACCACAGCUGAUCACAUGGAGCCAGUAGUUUGGCAGAUUCUGGCCAAUAUUAUCAUUUUCAUGUGUGGCAACAUGGCGGGGGCGUACCACAAGCACCUAAUGGAGCUGGCACUUAAACAGACUUAUCAGGACACCUGCAACUGCAUCAAGUCCCCAAUUAAACUGGAGUUUGAGAAGAGACAACAGGAGCGUCUCCUGUUGUCUCUGCUACCAGCUCACAUUGCGCGGGUGAUGAAAGCUGAGAUCAUCCAGAGACUGAAGGGCCCAAACUUUGGCCAGAUUGAGAACACAAACAAUUUUCACAACCUCUAUGUCCAGAGACACACUAAUGUCAGUAUAUUGUAUGCUGAUAUAGUGGGAUUCACACGGCUGGCCAGUGACUGCUCACCUGGAGAGCUGGUGCACAUGCUGAAUGAGCUGUUUGGCAAAUUUGAUCAAAUUGCCAAGGAAAAUGAAUGUAUGCGGAUAAAAAUCCUUGGCGACUGUUACUACUGUGUGUCCGGCCUGCCGGAGUCUCUGCCGAACCAUGCUAAGAACUGUGUGAAAAUGGGUCUUGACAUGUGUGAGGCCAUCAAACCAGGAGUUCUCAAAGACCUGAAGACUAUGGGUUCUAUCUCCCUCUUUAUCUUCUUCAUCACUCUGCUUGUGCUUGCCAGACAGAAUGAAUAUUACUGUAGGUUAGACUUUCUGUGGAAGAACAAGUUCAAGAAGGAGUGUGAGGAGAUUGAAACGAUGGAGAACCUCAACCGGGUUUUGUUGGAGAAUGUCCUGCCUGCACACGUUGCAGAACAUUUCCUGGCACGCAAUUGGAAGAAUGAGGAUCUGUACCACCAAUCCUAUGACCUGGUGUGUGUCAUGUUCGCCUCCAUCCCAGACUUUAAAGAGUUUUACACUGAAUCUGACGUCAACAAAGAAGGAUUAGAGUGCCUCAGGCUCCUCAACGAAAUCAUUGCUGAUUUUGAUGAGCUGCUGUCCAAACCUAAAUUCAGUGGUGUGGAAAAGAUCAAGACCAUUGGCAGCACUUACAUGGCUGCUACCGGGUUGAACGCAUCACCUGGGCCUGAGUACCCAUCACAGGAGCAUGACAGGCAGUACAUGCACAUAGGGACCAUGGUAGAAUUUGCAUUCGCCUUGGUGGGAAAGCUGGACGUUAUCAACAAACACUCCUUCAAUGACUUCAAACUCAGAGUUGGUAUUAACCAUGGCCCAGUGAUAGCUGGAGUUAUUGGAGCCCAGAAACCACAAUAUGAUAUCUGGGGGAACACAGUGAAUGUAGCCAGCAGGAUGGACAGCACUGGAGUCCUAGGGAAAAUACAGGUGACGGAGGAGACGAGUCGCAUCCUUCUGACCCUGGGCUACAUGUGCUCUUGUAGAGGCAUCAUCAACGUCAAGGGCAAAGGAGAGCUCAAGACCUAUUUUGUGCACACAGAGAUGACCCGCUCACUGUCCCAAGGGAAUGUAAUGCCGUAAGACUGGUUCAGAAUAUGCUGAAUUU